UGCAAUUGAUGGGUCAAUCUUUCAAAAUUGCAACUAAAUCUAAGCAACAGAACCCAACCACAACAAAAAGCAAAAUAUCUCGGACAACGUCAGAGGUGAAAUCGAAGAACAAAUCUAGGAGGAGAAAAAUGUGGUUUGUUUAUGUAUGUGAAGAAGAAGAGAAGGAGUUGGGAAGACAACAAGCAUCAGGUUCUUGUCCUUAUUGUGGAGGGAAAAUUGAAGCUAUGGAUGUUGAGAUGCAAUGGAGGUUUUGCUUUUUGCCUAUGUGUUUUAAGAUUAAGAGAAAAUAUUUUUGUAUUUUGUGUGCUAGACGUUUAGAAUUGAAGUAUUAAUUACUAGGUUGUUUUUUUUACAUUAAUUAAGAUUUCAUGUUCUUGGUUUUUUCUUCAUCUUCAUCCUUUUUCUUUAUAUAUCUUUGUUCUUCUUUUGUUUUUUUAUUGUUUGGUUCUAGUUUGUGGGUGGAAGUGGAAGGACUUGUGUAAAUGAUUUUAUUUUUCUUUCUAUUGUUUGAUUAUGUGUCAUCUGUUUUCCUUAUAAAUCUUGAUG